ACGGUGAGCAUCUUCCUUCCCCAAAAUCGGGGGAAUGAGUUCCACUUUAAAACCCCAUCAAACCCUACAGUACUGGUAAAUAAAAUAGGAGCUCGCCGUUUCAUUUCUACAUCGCUCACUUCGUACCGCUCCAUUUGCCAAAGUACUAUAUAUUUCUGCUAUCAUGGCGACAAGGAAUUUUGCAAGGCAUGUUUCUCGAAGAUUCUCUAGUGGUGGAAAAGUUCUUAGUGAGGAGGAAAAGGCUGCAGAAAAUGUUUACAUCAAGAAGACUGAACAAGCAAAGUUGGAGAAGCUGGCACAAAAGGGACCCAAGCCAGAAGCUAAACCAGCUGCUACCCCGGGGGCUGGAACUGAUGCCAAACCAAGUAGCUCGGCCCCAACUGCUGGAGCACCAACUGAGAAAGUAUCAACUGACAAAAACCGAAACUAUGCGGUUUUAGCAGGUACUGUAACUGCUCUUGGUGCUCUUGGAUGGUAUCUCAAAUCAAGCGGGAAGAAGGCAGAGGAAGUUCAGGACUGAGAAUGACAUGCAUGUAUUGAAUAUGAGUACAACAAAAGAUAGUUCCAAUGACUAUCACAUAUCCCUGAAUUCAUGUAGUAGUUGGAAUAAAUCAAAUUUCCUCUCCAUUUUUUGUUAUUUCAACUGAUUAUAGUUGUGUUCUGGCAAUGGUGUUCCAGAAAAUUGUUUUUGUUUUCAUAAGUGAGCUUUUUCCAA